CGGCUCGGUGGGAGAAGAAAGAAAGAGGGUGUUUUUGCGGAGCCGCCAUUUUAAGCCGGGCACAGGACAGGACGGGACGGGACGGGGUGAUGUCGAUGGAGCAGACGUUAAUGGCCUUGAACCGCAGCUCGACCAGCACCAUGCUGCAGCUGCAGAAUCAGUUUUACUGCCUGGGGCCGUCGCGGGGGCCGGCCGCCGCCACCGCCACCGCCACCGCCGCCUGGGCGGCCCGGGACGGCUCGCUGCCUCAGAGCCCGGUGGAGAGCGAGCCGCCCUGCCACGACGCCCUGUACAGUAGCACCUACUCGCUGGUCGACGGCUUCCUGCGCGAGUACACGGGCGCCGGCGACCGCGGCGGCUGGCUGUGCUGGAGGCCGCAGCAGAGCAGCGCCGAGCGGCAGGCGGCCGAGACCUUGCAGAGGAUCGGCGGCCGCCUGAUCGAGAAGCACCGGACGGCGUUCACCGGAAUGAUAAAUCGCCUCAACAACUCCAACAGCUGUAACCUCAACGCCAUCUCCGGGGUGGCGGCAGAAAUGUUCAGCGAUGGAGAGGUCAACUGGGGCCGGAUAGUGAGUCUCAUCGCAUUCGGGGCAGUGCUGGGAGACUACCUGAAGAAGAGUCAGCCAGACAAUUAUGUUGAUGAGAUAGCCACGCAAAUCACACAGUACCUGACCAAGGAGACGAGGGAGUGGCUGGAGACUCACAACAGUUGGGAUGGCUUCACAAAGUUCUUCCAUGAAAGUAACAGUGAAGAGAGCGCCAAGAAAGCAUUGAUGUGGAUCGCAGGAGUUGGCAUUGCAGGGGCGAGUAUCAUGCAUCUCCUAAGAUGAACUCUGAUCUCAUCCUGUACUCUCACAUCUGACCUGAAGCACACAGUGUUGCUCUUCGCUCGGCUGUGCUCUCCGCAUCAUCAUACCCCCUCCAGCCCAUUUUCCGCCCAGGUGUACGCAGUUCAGGACACAGGUUAUCGUACCCGGAAGAUGUGCGUAAAUAGGGGUGUGGUGUCUGGCAGAACUGGCCCUGUACUGAGUUUGGGAGGGGGGGCUGUGGUGUACAUGUACAAAGUACCCAUGCCCUCCCUCCCACUAUGUGUAUGUGGAACCAGAAGGUUCGAGAGUUGUUAACAAUUUGCCGACUUUUGCUGAGACUGAGCUUGGGGGAGAGAGAGAGAUCAAGAGCCUUGCCUCGUCCAUUUUCUGCACACUGUGGAACUUCCAAAACUGAACUUUUAUCUAGGCAGUGUUUGGACAGUGAAACUCAAGAACUAUUAUCACAGUAACCAGGCUCACAUGAUCAUCAGCACCUGGUCGGAUAUUAAACUGAAAAGAACUCUUCCAGCAUUAAGUGUGAAUUGUCUGUCUCUCUCCUCUCUCUCUCUAUUUUACUCCCUCUCUCCUAUCGUCUUUGCCCAAAGUCCUUGAAGGAGAGGGAUGCAGGGUGGGGAAGGUGAAAUGGUGAGAAAGGUGAAAUGGUGAGAGAGCAGGAUUGCUGUAGUUAUAUGAUCAGCAGGUGGGAAGGGGGGCUGAGGGGGGAAAUAAUUUUUAAAAUGUACAUUUUUACAGUACAUUGUCCCUGUCCUUGUUUAAUCUGGGGUAUUGACAGUACUUUAAAUGACAACAUUAUUUGACUUGAAUUAAUAAAUGUUCUGUAUAUUGUUUAAUCAGGCAACGUUAUAAAUUUAAAUGUCCGAGGACGGGGCGGUGGGAGGGUGGGUGUUUUGUGGCGAAUAAGGGCAACAGGUUUCUUUAGAAAAAGAAUUUGCUCCUAUGGUCGUGAUUUUGGCUCGUUCCUUGAAGGGUGAGUGUACACAGCAUUAAGGCACAACUCAGUUCUACAGUGUCUGGAGCUUCCAGAAGUGUCCUUGGUGCACAAAGAAACAUCAUCUUUGUGGACCUGCAGAUCUCAGCUUGAAGCCCUGGUGCUGUAGUGGCAGAGAAAUACUGUGCUCUGUUUAAUAUCAUUAAUAUAAAUCCUCUAAUCUAUAAUGUUGCAUCCCCUCUAUUUAUUUAAGGCUACAUUCCCAGUUUUUAAAAAUUGUUCUUCACCAGUCACCGGAAUUUUGAGGGUUUUCCCUGCCACACAAGCUUCACUGCUCAAUGCAAGUUGUUUAAUUCUGAGACACUUUGCUUAGCCCCAUCACACCAGGCUCUUUGGCUCCAGAACCCUGCCUUACGGGUCUUGAGACAUGCCAGCGAUGGGUAAACAGAGACCAGUGUCGGGAAAUGAGAACGCACCUUUUCCCCUCAUCCUUUUUCCCUCUUUCUUGUUUAUCCAGCUUGUUUUUUUCCUGGGGCUGUUGCCAGAGGAAAUUUGGCCCUAUACAACAGCCUCCACUUGCACAAAAUCUGUGUGACCUGGUAUGGGAUGAUUUCGAUUUGUGGUAUUUGAUGAAACCCUUGAUUAACAUGCACUUUGCCACUGCUUUCCCAGAUUGUAUUUCAGGCACAAGGUCCAAACGUGAGGGUGACCUGUAUUGGUUUGGUGCACAAAGAGAGAAUGGUAUUUCUUUUGGUCAGUCACCAGGUAGGUGUUGGAAAUGAGGGCGUGGCGUAGUUCAGCUCUCCAUCAGUGUAGCCUCCAAAGUGGAAGGCCACUGCCAUACAUCAAUUGUUAAUAGACGGCAGCUUAUUGUAAAUUAAAUGUAUUUUUUUGAAAAAAAAAA